ACUAUCGUUUGUUUUGUUUUCUUUGCCGGCGGCUUUAUUUUGGUUUUUGGCAGAUAGGACAUAAAUAAAGCCAACUGCCAUGGAUGACCAGGCUUGCCCGCGGUGCAAGACCACCAAGUACCGCAACCCAUCGCUAAAGUUGAUGGUCAACGUUUGCGGACACACCCUUUGCGAAUCUUGUGUAGAUUUGCUUUUCCUCAAAGGAUCUGGCGCCUGCCCGGAGUGCAUGGUGCCCCUGCGCCGAAACAACUUCCGCGUGCAGCUCUUCGAGGAUCCCAUGGUGGAGAAGGAGGUGGACAUAAGGCGGCGGAUACUACGCGACUACAACAAGCGCGAGGAAGACUUUGCCACGCUGGAGGAGUACAACGACUAUCUGGAAGAGAUCGAAAACAUCGUGUUCAACCUGUGCAACAACAUCGACAUCUUUGAGACGAACAAGCGCAUCGAGGCCUACAAGCGGGACAACCGCGAAGUGAUCCAGCGCAACAAGACGCGUGUCGGACGCGAUGAGUACGCCUUGGAGGAGAUGCUCGAGAUGGAACGCGUGCAGGAGGAGUCCCGAAAGAAGGAACUCGAGGAGUUGGAGAUCGAACACAAGAAAAAGAAGGCCCGCGACAAGCAGGCUCUGAUCGAAGAGCUCAUGCACAGCGGCAAAGACGCCGCCCAGAUCGUCAACGAGUUUGCCGAAAAGGCGGAAAAACAACGCGAGGAGGAAAAGCAACUGCCACCACCCAAGCCGGCAACAGGGUUCUCCACGGGCAUUAAGUUCGGACAGACUGCAGAUCCUUCGCUGCUGCCCGUUCCCAAGUCUGAGGAGGGACCGCUGUUUGUCUAUGAGCCGUUGUUGGUCAUGACCGAAGGACCUGCGCCCCCGCCGCUUGAUGAAAUCGAGGCCAAGGGCUACAUACAGCAUAUUCGCGCAGAUACGCCGCAGGAGAACGCCGGUGGCUUUACCUCUACCAUCGCUUGCGAACGGGCCCUCCAGGAAGCCCUGCAAGGACUCUACUACACGCCCACGGCGGGACUGUCGCUGCUCACUUAGAUAAGCCAGAGCAGGAAACAGGUCAAUAGCGCCCCGAGCACAUAACGCUUACUUUGUUGAACAAAUGUGUCCUAUACGAAUCCAUCAAGUUAACUCUACUACUUAAUUAACCUAUUAUUAUGAAAUAAAAUACCGUUUAUACGAGA